CCUCCGCUGGCUACCCCUGGCCGGAGCUGCAGCGGGCUUCGGCAGCUGCCCGGGGACGCUUAUCCCGGGCUGGAGUCCCGACUUGCUUCCCCGAUACAGAUCGAUCCCGUUGCCUUCCCCGGGACGCCACCGAUCUUCUCCAGGAUCCUUUUCCUCCGUAACCUGCUGUUUUUCUUUUUCCUUCCUCCCGGCUCCCAUCUCCCGAAUCCGCAUUUCCCUCCCCUGCUCCUGGGCCCCCGUAGCCGACCAUCCUCAUCAUUCCACCUGCCAUCCUCCUGACUUCCGCCCUUCCUUGGCCUCAAAUCCUUGACCGACAGAGCCCUGCCAUAACCUUCUCACCAGGCUCUCCUAAACUCCUUUUUCUUCUCUCUUUGCCAGCUCCUGACUCCCAAAUUCCAGCUAACCCUUGACCUCUUGACAUUUGACCCUAACAGUCUCCGCUCCAGACCUCUCAAUUCCUAUCUCCUGCAGCCCGGACUGCUAAGACUGAGGCCCUCCCCCUGAUUUCUGACCCCCCCCCCCCCCCGUUUCUGAAGCUCAGUUUUACUUUUUUACUCCCGGGCCACUUCCUGUUACUGCUACCCCACCAUGGACUUCUUGAUGAGCGGCCUGGCAGCCUGCGGGGCCUGUCUGUUCACCAACCCCCUGGAAGUGGUAAAGACCAGGAUGCAGCUGCAGGGAGAAUUGCAGGCCCCGGGCACCUACCAGCGGCACUACCGAAACGUCUUCCACGCCUUCAUCACCAUCGGCAGGGUGGACGGCCUGGCUGCCUUGCAGAAGGGACUGGCCCCCGCCCUCUUAUACCAGUUCCUGAUGAAUGGCAUCCGCUUGGGCACCUACGGGCUGGCUGAGGCUGGGGGCUACCUGCACACUGCCGAAGGCACCCUCAGCCCUCCACGAAGCGCAGCAGCUGGGGCCCUGGCUGGGGUCAUGGGAGCCUACUUGGGGAGCCCCAUCUACAUGGUGAAGACACACCUACAGGCACAAGCAGCCUCGGAAAUUGCGGUAGGGCACCAGUAUAAGCAUCAGGGCAUGUUUCAGGCGCUAAGCGAGAUUGGCCAGAAACAUGGUCUGGUGGGGUUGUGGCGUGGGGCCCUGGGCGGCCUGCCCCGAGUUAUCAUCGGUUCCUCCACCCAGCUGUGCACCUUCUCAUCCACCAAGGACCUCAUCACGCAGUGGGAGGUACUUCCUCCCCAGAGCUGGAAAGUGGCUCUGGCAGCUGCCAUGGUGAGUGGCAUUGCGGUGGUCCUGGCCAUGACGCCGUUUGAUGUGGUCAGCACGAGGCUCUACAACCAGCCCACGGACUCUCAGGGCAAGGGCCUCAUGUACCGGGGGAUGCUGGAUGCUCUGCGGCAGACCGCUCGGACAGAGGGCAUUUUUGGCAUGUACAAGGGUAUAGGUGCCUCCUACUUCCGCCUUGGCCCCCACACCAUCCUUUCCCUCUUCUUCUGGGACCAGUUACGCACCCUCUACCACACGUACACCAAAUAACAGCCAGUCCUUCCCACACCACCACAUCGGCACUCCUUAGACACUUCUGCCUCCACUAUUGUAUUCUCGUGACUUCUGACCAGCGGAUCUUUUCGUCCAUCCAAAGGGAACCGCCUACGCCACUCCCUAACUGUCUUCUCAGGGUUGAAUCACUACAAGGGAUAGUUUCCCUCCCUUUCUUGGGUGUCACUUUCUUUAAACCUUCCCUACCCGUCCCCCUGGACACUUCAUACCCCUCUCUCAGGGCUGAACCGGUCACUCCAAAGUAUUUCCUCCUUUUAUUUGGGCAGCCUUGGGUCCCUUCUGCUCUGAUGCACAAACUUUACACUCCCCACUCCAAGACCAAAGGGAACCCGGCGGGGGGGGGGGGGGGCCAGGUGUCUUGUUAGAUGCAAUGGCACAGAGAUUAUCUUGGGUAUAAAGCAAGUUUAUUUCUGCAGA